AGCCCCAUCAGACGCAGGACCCCGGUCCUACUGUGCCGUGCCGCGCCGCUUGCCUCUGGACGCGGUGGGCCAAGAUGUCGACGAAGAAUUUCCGAGUCAGCGACGGGGACUGGAUCUGCCCGGACAAGAAGUGUGGAAAUGUUAAUUUUGCUAGAAGAACCAGCUGUAACAGAUGUGGUCGAGAAAAAACAACUGAAGCCAAAAUGAUGAAAGCUGGAGGGACUGAAAUAGGGAAGACGCUUGCUGAAAAGAGCCGUGGCCUGUUCAGUGCUAAUGAUUGGCAAUGUAAAACUUGUGGCAAUGUGAACUGGGCCAGGAGAUCAGAGUGUAAUAUGUGUAAUACUCCAAAGUAUGCAAAACUGGAGGAAAGGACAGGCUAUGGAGGAGGUUUUAAUGAAAGAGAGAAUGUUGAGUAUAUAGAACGUGAAGAAUCAGAUGGGGAGUAUGAUGAGUUUGGUCGCAAAAAGAAAAAAUACAGAGGGAAGCCAGUUGGGCCUGCAUCUAUCCUGAAGGAAGUAGAAGAUAAGGAAUCUGAAGGGGAAGAAGAGGAGGAUGAGGAUGAAGAUCUUUCCAAGUAUAAAUUGGAUGAGGAUGAGGAUGAAGAUGAGGCUGAUCUCUCAAAGUAUAAUCUUGAUGCCAGUGAGGAAGAAGAUGCUAAUAAGAAAAAGAAAACCAACAGGCGCAGUCGCUCUAAAUCUCGAUCUUCCCACUCACAAUCUUCAUCGCGCUCAUCCUCCCACUCAAGCUCAAGGUCUAGGUCAAGGUCCCAUUCAAGAAGCUCUUCCAGUUCCAGAUCAAGAUCUCGUUCCACUUCCAGAGAACAUUCUAGAUCUCGUGGGUCGAAAUCAAGAUCCAGCUCCAGGUCCCACAGGGGGUCUUCAACCCCAAGAAAAAGAUCUUACUCAAGCUCUCGUUCAUCAUCUUCCCCUGAGAGAGGCAAGAAGCGGAGUCGCUCUAGAUCUUCUUCGCCUGGUGAUCGCAAAAAAAGACGAUCGAGAUCACGGUCACCCGAAAGACGCCGCAGGUCGUCAUCUGGAUCUUCCCAUUCUGGUUCCCGUACAAGUUCUAAAAAGAAAUAAUGUAUUAAAGUUCACAUUUAAAAAAAAAAAAAUCCAGUCCAGUGCAUGAGGCAUAUUUUUAAGAAGUUGGUGUCUUAUUUGGUCAGAAGUGCUAAAUCUGCUAGUAGAAGUGCAUGUUUGUCCUUGCUUUCUGGGAAACUGCAGCUUUAUUCAUUCAUUAAACAAAAAGUAAGGUAGCAUUUUAAGCCAUAAAUUUCCCAGAGUAGGUGUGUACUUUUCAUUAUUCCAUUUAUCUCCUCAGAUGUUGCAUAUUUGUAUUGUUAAACAAUGUAUAAUUGGGCCCAUGUAUUUUAGUACUACCACAUGGUUGGUUUGUUUUUUAAUUUUUAGGGCUCCAACCUACUACAUUAUUUACCAUUCCCUGAGCUGUGAAUGGAGACAGGUUGAUCUGUGUAGUCCCACCCUCCAAAAGCAAGCUGCCUGAACAUAACAGCUCCUGAGCUUCUUUGAUGCACUUUUGCUAGGACCAUAGGAAAUUACUACAAUUCUAAGGCUAAAGUAUCCCAUAUGGGGAGGUUUUAGGCCAGGCUUCCAAUUUUUCUGAAUUUAAACAAAAGUUGUGAUGAGUGGCAGUUCUCUCACAUUUAGUACAGACGUCCGAUUCCCGCACCCAGUACUAGGUUCUGUAAUGGGUGAGUGAGACUUCCCUUCUCCCAGCUUGAAGGCUUUUUGGAUCAUUAAGCACUCUCUUCUCCAUAGCUGAGGUCUGUCUCAAAGCUGUACGUCUCUAUGGAGAUUUAGCCUAUUUGAUCCUGUCUCAGCCAAGGAAAAGCUUGUUUUCUGCAGUAGGUUGCUGGGUGCAAUUUAAUUUCCAUGUGUAUGAAGUCUGUGAUCCUCUCUUAGAAAGGGGACAGUCUUGUAUGGACUUAUAAUGCUAAAAUCAACAUUAUGUAGCUACUUUUGAAGUGAUGGGGGACUUUAUGAAACUAGUUUCUUUGGAGUUACAGUACAGGGUUGAAGCCUCUGCAAGCCACCAGUCAAAGAUUAAUUUGGGCUGGAGAGAGCUAUUUUUUUCCACAGUAAAUUUUACUUGUGGUAGAUAAACUGCAUAAGAAGUUCUCCUGAAAUACAGAUAAAUCUGUGCUUCUAAAUUAAUGUGAUCAAAGAUCAUCACUGUCCCCCUAAACUUUAUAAAAUUUAUGGCUUAAAAUGCUUUAUGAAAUUUGUUUUACUAGCAAUAUCACAUUAAAGCCUGGUCAUUCUUGAGCUCCGUUUGGUUAAGAAAGAUUUGUGUUAACAGUUAUCUUCAGUGGCAUCACAAGAUCAGCUGAAUUGCCUUUUAAAUAAAUAGUUGGGAGAGAAGAGGAUGGGUUGAAAUCCUAAAUCAUUAACAGAAUGCAUAUGUAGCCUUCAAAUUGCAAAGUAGUACAUUUUAAAAGUAAACAGAUUUACUUGCCCCACACCUACAUUCAGUGAUUUGUUUCUUCUGCAAGAGGUGAGGGUGACAAAAGAUCAAGGAAUUGCUUAUGUUAGGUAUGUCUUUAUCUUUCAGGAAAAAUAUAAUAACUUAAGUCAUUCAACUUAAAUAAUUAGCAUUGCACUAACUUGGAGCAGGCAGGAUUAGCAUUAGUGUGUCUAAUAAUUUGGGACACGUUUCCAUCCCUGCACUGUGUGUGAAACUUACACCAAAUAAACAUGAUUUUUUACAUUUUGAGGUAAAUAGCCAGGCUAUACCAGACAUGUCCUCUGUGGAUCAGGCACAGAGGAUGCCAUGUAAUAUACACGGACCACGGGGUUAUACUUAUGCAUGUUUGUCGUGGGAGGAAUAUGUGAAAUGUGUAAUCAUAAUAUAUGCAAAACUACUGAAAAGGUUUUUUAUUUCAUUUUUAAAUCCAUAUUGCACCUAAUGCUGUGGGGAAAUUUUACCAUGUAAAGGGAAAGCGCUGAAUGCAAACUUAUGAAAUGGUACGUGUUACAUUUUGUAAAACACUUCAAUUUCCUGUUGAUCUAGGAAGUGGUGUGUCUUCUCAUAGUCCGACUGUCAUUCCUCUCCCCUUUCCUACAGAAUGAGACCUAUAUCCUGCCACACAAUAUGACUGAUUGAAGAGCUCAGUUGCCAUCCCCACAGCAAAAGUUCAGUCUGUGCCUCAUCGGCAGUUACAGACUAGUCCAUCUGUUUGGUAUGUGGCUCAGUUAGCCCUCUUGGGCCUGCCUAUCAUCCACUUCAGCGUCAACAGUGGAUAAUACAAUACAUCAGCGUCUCUACCAUUUGUCACAAUCUUGAUCCCCUACUUCUCUCCUAGAGAUUUUAAAAUAUCAAUCUGUCAGAAUCUGAGUUUCUGGUUUUAAAAGAAAGCAACAGAGGGAGGGAGGUUGAAAGCAGGACACUUUGUAAAACUUACAAAAAAAAAAACAUUUUCAUAAAAUUGGUCUGCAGUGCUCUGUCACUUAAGAGCUUUGGAAUCCCUGAAAUUAAUUGUUUGUAUUGAUUAUCUUUUUACUGUUGGUGAUAG